CGUGCCUGCGUAUAAAUGGGGGCCGGCUGCAUCAGCCAGGUCAGAGGGAGCCACAAGUGUCAGAAGAAACAUCAGAACCAUGAGGAACACAAGAAAAUAUGAGGCGAUCAGCGACCUAUCAGAGGAGAUUAAAGCUGCCACCAAGGACAACCAUGUCCGCGCAGAAAACACAGAGCUGAUGCUGAGUUACCAGAAAGGGAAGAUCACCCUUCCUCAGUACAAGCUCCUGCUGUGCUCCCUCUACGAGAUCUACAAGGUGCUGGAAGAGGAACUGGAUAAGAAUUGCGCCCACCCGGCGAUCGCACCGAUAUACUUCCCUCAGGAGCUGGACCGCCUGGAGAGUUUGGAGAGCGACAUGGAGCACUUUUUUGGCCCCGACUGGCGAGGGAAGGUGGUGGUUCCUGCGGCCACGCACGUCUACACUCAGAGGCUGCGGCAGGUUGGUAAAGAGAAUCCAAAGCUGCUGGUGGCCCACGCUUACACCCGGUACCUGGGAGAUCUGUCGGGGGGCCAGGUGUUGGGGAAAAUUACCCAGAAAUCCCUUGGGCUGUCGGGCAAAAAAGGGCUCUCGUUUUUUUCCUUCCCCGGCGUGAGCAGCCCCAACCGCUUCAAGCAGCUGUACAGGAGCCGCAUGAACAGCAUUGACCUGAGCCCGGAGGAGAGGGAGGCCGUGCUGGAGGAGGCGGUCGCCGCCUUCGACUUCAACACUCAGGUUUUUGAUGACUUGCAGAAGCUUUUGGGUGUCGCAACGGAACAAGCGAAGAUCGACAAGGCCAGUUUAGCGUCGUUUCCCAGCAUGCAAUUCACCAUGGGACUGUGCUUCAUACUAAUGGUGACUGCGGGAAUGGUCCUUGGUACCUGGUAGUACACUGCAAAAAACUGAAAUCUAAGUAAGAUGAAAUAUCUCAAGUAAGGGUGAUAUUUGCUUACGUUCUGUCCAAGAUCAUUCUUCUCACUAAGUAGUGUUUUACUUGUUUUAAGGGUUUUGGUCCUAAAUGAUCUCAGUAAGAUAGUACAGCUUGUAGCUGAGACUUUAUGAACUAUAUUGUAGGCUGACCAUGCUGUGAAAUCCCAAAAAGGCCGGGACUAGGUGAAAAUUUGCCAAUGAUACUCGAACUUGCUUUAUAAAUAAUAUAUUUAUUGAAAUAAAGCAUUUUUUUCCUCCUCUGUUGACAGCAGUGUUGGCGCUAGGAAUUUUCAAAAUGGGGUCCCAUGGACCCCAUCAAUUCAUAAAAAUGGGGUCCCACAGAAACAUUUUUGGGGUCCCGCUUUUUUUGUAAGUGUUUUGAAAACAAAUGAUAAAUGUAUCUCACUUUCUAUGUUGUGUUUUGGAAAAAGGUUCUCAGAAACGUUGCUUAAUUCAUUAAAAAUAAAACAAA